AUGCAAAACCGGCUCAGGCUGAAAAACUGGGCGAUUUCCUCACUUCACACAUUCCAAGUCUACAAUUGUAUAGGAGAGACGGCGAGAGGUCAGAGAGCGGAUCUCAGGGAUGAGGAAGAUGAGGUCACGUCACAAGCAUCACAUUCAUGUGAUAUGGAGGAAACCACGGAUAUACAUAUAGAAAUCAGCAGAGUCAGUGAGCGGGCCACAUAUCACCGAUCGGCAAAUGUACCACGUACCAACUGUAUCGGGCCCCCUCGAAGGUGUACGCCUCCUCCCAUCCUGUGGGCAAAUCUGCAAGAGAAGACAAAUUACAGCAUUAUAUUAAGAGCAUCUAGCACGGGCAGAGAGAGCGAGAGAGGGGCGCGCGGGCAGAGAGAGCGAGAGAGGGGCGCGCGGGCAGAGAGAGCGAGAGAGGGGCGCGCGGGCAGAGAGAGCGAGAGAGGGGCGCGCGGGCAGAGAGAGCGAGAGAGGGGCGCGCGGGCAGAGAGAGCGAGAGAGGGGCGCGCGGGCAGAGAGAGCGAGAGAGGGGCGCGCGGGCAGAGAGAGCGAGAGAGGGGCGCGCGGGCAGAGAGAGCGAGAGAGGGGCGCGCGGGCAGAGAGGGCAAGGGGCGCGCGGGCAGAGAGGGCAAGGGGCGCGCGGGCAGAGAGGGCAAGGGGCGCGCGGGCAGAGAGGGCAAGGGGCGCGCGGGCAGAGAGGGCAAGGGGCGCGCGGGCAGAGAGGGCAAGGGGAGCAGAGAGCGAGUGGAAGGGGCACAGCGGCAGAGAGCGAGUGGAAGGGGCACAGCGGCAGAGAGCGAGUGGAAGGGGCACAGCGGCAGAGAGCGAGUGGAAGGGGCACAGCGGCAGAGAGCGAGUGGAAGGGGCACAGCGGCAGAGAGCGAGUGGAAGGGGCACAGCGGCAGAGAGCGAGUGGAAGGGGCACAGCGGCAGAGAGCGAGUGGAAGGGGCACAGCGGCAGAGAGCGAGUGGAAGGGGCACAGCGGCAGAGAGCGAGUGGAAGGGGCACAGCGGCAGAGAGCGAGUGGAAGGGGCACAGCGGCAGAGAGCGAGUGGAAGGGGCACAGCGGCAGAGAGCGAGUGGAAGGGGCACAGCGGCAGAGAGCGAGUGGAAGGGGCACAGCGGCAGAGAGCGAGUGGAAGGGGCACAGCGGCAGAGAGCGAGUGGAAGGGGCACAGCGGCAGAGAGCGAGUGGAAGGGGCACAGCGGCAGAGAGCGAGUGGAAGGGGCACAGCGGCAGAGAGCGAGUGGAAGGGGCACAGCGGCAGAGAGCGAGUGGAAGGGGCACAGCGGCAGAGAGCGAGUGGAAGGGGCACAGCGGCAGAGAGCGAGUGGAAGGGGCACAGCGGCAGAGAGCGAGUGGAAGGGGCACAGCGGCAGAGAGCGAGUGGAAGGGGCACAGCGGCAGAGAGCGAGUGGAAGGGGCACAGCGGCAGAGAGCGAGUGGAAGGGGCACAGCGGCAGAGAGCGAGUGGAAGGGGCACAGCGGCAGAGAGGAAGGGGCGCAGAGAGCGAAAUGUGAGGAAAAGACAGCCGGGCCAAGAACCAGCAAAUUGGGGAAUUGUGAGGAAGGUGGAGAAAGAUAA